CCGGGCGCCAUCUUUGACGCUGGCAGUCUUGGAUUUCUGCUUGUUCUGCUGCUGUGAGGACGGCGGGCCACCGCGGCUAAGGAAAGAGAAAGACGUGGCAGCACGCGGGAAUCGGAGACUGUGUCAUCGGUUCGGAUUGGUGAGACCGUAAUGAAGAACACCCCUUAGACGCCCCCUAAUCGGUGCGGAUCCCUAUGGGGAAGGCUCGUUUUGUUGACAUCUACCAGGCUUUGGUUCUGAAUCCUUGAGAAGGCCGCUGUGGAGCUAGUGAUAGCCAUGCUUUCGUAGGGUAAACGUGUUGGUAUUGGGGGAAGGGGAGGGAAUCCACGGAAAAGGAGUGGAAGUGGUUUAAAGCGCAUUUUAGUUUUUGUUGCUCGUAGAAUGUCAACUUGUGAGUUAUGAACAGGCUGGAACGUUUUGCUUCAGCCUAAAAAUAUGAACUCUUGAUAGAAACCGUAAAUGAAAAAUAUAGCUUGUUACCUUGUUUUAAAAUUUUAUUUCCAGAUAAUUUUUUUUCAGCCACCUACAUUUUCCAAAAUGUCAGAACAGGAAGGGCACAACUAGUUUACAGCUUAUGACCAGUAUGUGGAAUCUGAUUUAGCUUUCCAGAAUUGACUUUUUGGGUUGUAUUGGCCAGUCACAGUCCUAUAUGGUGUCGGUUGAAUGAUGCACUGUGUUUAAGUGAAAUUUCCUGAAAAUAAUCUCAAAAUUAAGGGAAAAUCAAUGUUGUUGUCAUGUGGAUUCAUUGAAAGUACAUAUUUUUUAAGAACUGAAGGUGUUUUUAGCAGACAACGUUCUUGAUACAGCAGCGUUAAUAUGAACCUUCAAUUGGAAAACUUGACCUUUAGCUGCUCCAGAUUCCAUGACUGUGGGAAAAUGGACCUCAGUUCUUUUUUGUAUAACAUGAGGACUCUGGACUGUUUGAAUUCAGAAAGUUAAAAGGACUCCUAAAGCCCUGCAAGACAGCGUUGGGAAUGUUCUCCAUUGCUGUCAUUUUUCCUCCAAAAAUAACCUGGCUUGGAAGUCAUUGGUUGAAAGGGAACUUGACUCCCCGUAGAAACUGGAGGGAAGGUAAUACAAGUAAAGAGGGACAGCUGUAUUUCUGCCAGAGUAGUAAACCCACCAAAAGGUUCUGGUACGGAUUUUGGAGACAUAAAGAGAAUGAGCUUAUGUACUUUAAAUGUACCAGUUUCCUCGAUUUCUCCUGGCAGAAGAUGCAGUACUUUUAGUGAUGCUGGGAUUCUGGAAUGUGUUUCCAUUAAUUCAAAUACAGAAGAAGAUGAUGUGGUAGAGGAAAAGAUGGUGGCAGAAGGAGUGAAUAAAGAGACAAAAUUGCCUACUAAAAAGAAAAGAAAGAAGGGUUUGCGGAUUAAGGGGAAAAGGCGCCGAAAAAAAUUGAUUCUUGCCAAAAAAUUUAGUAAGGAUUUGGGGUCUGGAAGACCUGUUGCAGAUGCCCCUGCCUUGUUAGCUUCCAGUGCUCCUGAGCAAGAUGAAGAAAGUCUUUUUGAGAACAAUAUAGAAAAGCAAAUCUAUCUACCUAGUACUAGAGCCAAGACCUCCAUUGUAUGGCACUUCUUUCAUGUUGACCCCCAAUAUACCUGGAGAGCUAUCUGUAACCUGUGUGAAAAAAGUGUCAGCAGGGGUAAGCCAGGCAGCCAUCUUGGUACAUCUACUCUUCAACGACAUCUGCAGGCAAGGCAUUCUCCUCACUGGACCAGAGCCAACAAGUUUGGAGUCACUAACGGUGAUGAGGACUUUACCUUGGAUUUAUCUUUAUCUCCUUCUUCUCCUGGAAGCAAUGAAAGCUUUGAGUAUAUUCCUACUGAUUCAUUAGAUGAAAACAGAAUGGGUAAGAAACGCGAUAAAUCAGCAUCCGAUGCCCUGAGGGCAAAAAGAGGGAGAUUUCUCAUCAAAAGCAACAUUGUCAAGCAUGCCUUAAUUCCUGGAACCAGAGCCAAGACAUCUGCAGUUUGGAAUUUUUUUUAUACUGAUCCUCAGCACAUCUCAAGAGCUGUGUGUAACAUUUGUAAAAGAAGUGUGAGCCGGGGUAGGCCAGGUUCCCACUUAGGAACAUCAACACUUCAACGACACCUUCAGGCCACACAUCCCAUCCAUUGGGCUGUUGCCAACAAAGACAAUGGUGCUAUUGGAGAUGGAUUAGAUGAGACUGAGACUGAGGGCAGCGAUCUCUUGACUGACACUUUGCAUGGAGAGAAGUCAUCAGGCAGACAGGAUUUAACAGCUGAGGACCUUAGUGACUCUGAUACUGAUGAACCUCCUAUUUUAGAGGUUGAAAAUAGAUCUGAGAGUCCUGUUCCUGCUCCACAGCAAGAUAAUCUGGUGCAUGCACAAGAGAGUGAAACAACACCACAUUGUGAAAAUGCAGCCUCAAGUCAGAUAAGCCAGGCAGUUAUUCAGAUGAUAGUGGAAGAUAUGCACCCUUACAACUAUUUCUCAACCCCAGCUUUCCAGAGGUUUCUACAGAUUGUUGCUCCUGACUAUAGAUUGCCAUCAGAGACUUUCUUUUUCACCAAAGCUGUACCUCAGUUAUAUGAUUCUGUUAGAGAAAAAAUUUUCUUAACUUUAGAGAAUGUUCAAAGCCAAAAGAUCCACCUGACUGUUGACAUAUGGACCCAUGACCCUUCCACUGACUAUUUCAUUGUGACUGUACAUUGGGUCUCUUUGGAAGCUGCAUCUUCCCCAAGUAAUGGUGGGACCUCCAAUUUUAGAAAGUGGGCAGUACUUUGUGUUACAGGUUUAGCCAAAGACUGUUUGAUAACUAACAUUUUACAAGAAUUAAAUGACCAGAUUGGUCUAUGGCUUUCUCCUAAUUUCCUUAUCCCUAGCUUCAUUGUUUCUGACAAUUCCUCUAAUGUGGUACAUGCAAUCAAAGGUGGUGGUUUUACCCAUGUGCCAUGCUUCCUGCAUUGUUUAAAUAUAGUGAUUCAGGACUUCUUCUGUGAGCACAAAAGUAUUGAGAAUAUGUUAGUGGCUGCUAGAAAAACCUGUCAUCAUUUUAGCCAUUCAGUCAAAGCCCGCCAGAUACUACAAGAGUUCCAAAACGAUCACCAGCUUCCAUGGAAGGAUCUGAAGCAGGAUGAAACUGGCCACUGGAUUUCUACCUUUUAUAUGUUAAAAUGGCUUUUAGAGCAUUGCUACUCUGUUCACCAUAGUCUGGGUAGAGCCAGUGGAGUUGUGCUUACCUCCCUUCAAUGGACUCUAAUGACUUACGUUUGUGAUAUUCUUAAGCCAUUUGAGGAGGCCACCCAGAAAGUGAGUGUGAAGACCACCGGAUUGAAUCAGGUGCUACCCCUAAUCCAUCAUCUCCUCUUUUCCCUGCAGAGACUCAGAGAAGAUUUUCAAGUCAGAGGUAUUACUCAGGCCCUCAAUCUGGUGGACAGUUUAUCUUUGAAACUUGAAACUGAUGCCCUACUAAGUGCCAUGCUCAAAUCCAAGCAUUGUAUCUUGGCUACUUUGUUAGAUCCUUGUUUUAAGAACAGUUUGGAAGACUUUUUUCCUGAAGGUGCUGAUUUAGAAACUUAUAAACAGAUCCUUGCAGAAGAGGUUUGUAAUUAUAUGGAAUCUUCGCCGGGGGCCUGCCAAAUUGCAACCUCGGAAGCAUCUGGCCCUUUAGUUAGAUUAGGAACUGAUUCAUUUACUUCUAUAAAAGAAGGCACCUCCAAUUCAGAUUCUAUGGAUAGCUCAGCCGCAGACAGUGUUGCUAUUGGAAGCAAAAGCUUCCUGUUCCCCUCUGCUGUAGCAGUAGUGGAUGAGUACUUCAAAGAGAAGUAUUCAGAGCUUUCAGGAGGUGAUGACCCUUUGGUUUACUGGCAGAGGAAGGUGAGCAUAUGGCCAGCUUUGACCCAAGUUGCCAUUCAGUAUCUAAGUUGCCCCAUGUGUAGUUGGCAAUCUGAGUGCAUGUUUACCACAAACAGCCGCUUUCAUCCAAAGCAGAUCAUGAACAUGGACUUUGAUAAUAUAGAACAGCUGAUAUUUCUGAAAAUGAACUUGGAGAAUGUUAACUAUGACUAUUCUACAUUGAUUCUGAGCUGGGACCCUGAAAAUAAGGCUGUUCAGAACAAUGAAAAAGAAAUAUUACCUUAAUUUCUUUUUCCUUUUUCUACUUAAAAUGGGCAGCUUUUGCUAUAUUAUUAUAUCUUAUUGCUAUUGUUAUUAUAUGUAGUCGUACUAUUUAUUCUUUAAAAAAAAAAUAGCUGGGUGUGGUCAUGGGUGCCUAUAGUCCUGGCUAUUUGAGAUGAUGAGGCUGAAUUAUGACUUCAGCACAUGAGUUUGAGACCAGCCGGGGCAACAUAUUAAUAAGAUCCUGUCUUACAAAAAUGCAAAACCUAGGGAAAUCCAAACAUACUAAAAGGCUGAAAACUCCGCAGAGGCAAUACAAUGAUGAUAAAAUGAGGGUUAACUUUGAAGAUUUCACAGUUGUAACUCAGUGUAGCUAACGUCUAAGUGUCAUGUAUAUCAAUUGAGAGAGAAAAGAGUGUUAAUGAGAAAAUACAGUGCAGCUUUGAAGGGCUUAGGUAUUUCUGGUUGGUAGAUUGAACUAGUCAUUGAUUUGAGUACAAAUGUCUUCCAUCAUGGAAGGUUUGAUUAUUCUGAAAUCAGUGAUUCAGGACUUCUGUGAGCACAAACAUCUUUAGAAUGUGUUAGUGCCUACACUAACAUUUCUUUCCCUUCCCUAUUUUUUAAUUUCUUUAAAACCCCUGACAUGGCUUGACAGAAGGAAAACCCACAAAAUUGUUUCAUACUUGGAAAUCAUAAUUACCUCAUACUGGUCUGUUUAUAAUGUCAAAUUACUGGGUAUGAUAAAAUUGCCCUUUAUAGUUAGGAUUAGGUCUGUAUAAAAGGGGAACAUUACAAAACAAUUAGAAAAAAGAUGGCUUUUAGUCUUUUAUAAUACAGUACAAAAACAAGGAUUAUAUAGAUGCCUUUGUAUAACCUAUUAAUAAAAAACAUUAAAUGUAAAAUCAAAAACCAUUGAAUGGAAUUUCGAAUGCAGGCCUCAUAACAUGGCAAACCCAGUAUGAAUCUCCCAGAGAAUAUUUCUAUAGUUUGUUCAUUUCUUUAAAAGGGUACUUUAUGGUCCAUGGUAUUCCUAACUAUGGAGUUUGGGCCACUGUAUUAACAGAAAUAAGCAGUUAUAUUUUACUGGAUUAGGCAUCAUUGUUUAAAAUGAGUGAAGUGAUCUCAGUGGCCCUUCAGGUUCCUUUCCACUCGAAGAGUCUGUUUCUGUGACUGAGUGGGAGGCCAGAAAAUGAUCACUUUUAUUAAGUCUAUUAGACGUUUCAGACUGAAUAACUAAUGUAAGAUCCCAAUUUUUCCUUUUUUUCAUUUUAGAUUUGGGGAUAUUCCCUGCCCAAAAAAUUCCUGGAAAAUUGACUAGUAUUAAGUGUGAGUAAAAGGUGUCCACUUUUUUUUAAAGUCUUAAUUUUAGUUUUGUCUUGGAUAGUGUUUGGCAAGAUUUAGCUUAGAAAGUAUGUAGUAUUUAUUACAUAAGAAUCAAAAUGGCUUUGUUACUGGGCUGGUUUUGAAACUCAUUUCUGUGUAUCAAAAUAACUUUUUUUAAUUUUUAAAUUCUUAAAAAUUUAAAUUCAUUGUGAAGUGAAAUUUCAUCUACCCCCAAAUUUACCCCUUUACCAACUGGAGUGAAGUCUUUAGUUAUAACCAUCAAUAGUAAAGAAUUUGGAACUAGUGUGUCAACAAGCCUUUGCAGGGCCAGCAUUGAGUGCCAUGCCAGUGAUGCUUGUGUUGAUAUAAAGGAGGAAAAAUAGCUUCCUUUAGUGUCUCUGUGUUUUGCCUGAGCUGGUUCGGAAUGGCUAUAAUGCUGCUCUGCCUUCUUCAGCUCGCUGCCCCACUCUGUAGUUACUCUGUAACUAUACGCUUCUACCUUUUUUGGUUAAACACUCCCUGAUAAUGAUUGUUAUACAUACCAUAGACAUUGACAUAUAUAUCAGUGUAUCCAUAUAUAUGGAUUUCUUUUCAUCUUGAUUUUGUGGCUGGGUAAAAUUCAGUAAAAUUAACUUCAUGGUACUUUGGUAUAAGAGUAAGUUCACUAUUUUUAUAAUGAACCCAAAUCUGAAGGCUUUUAUAUUAUAUUUUAAAAA